AUGUCCGAGCCCGACGCAGUGAACCUGAAGACGCUGCUGUCGAGUGCGAAGGCGCUGCUGAAACCGCCGCAGCCGCUGCCAAGCUCUCCUCCGGCACUGCUCGAACGUCUGCGGUCUUCCUCCGAGCUGCUCCCGAGCUGGCGAAGUAAGCCUGGAUGGGGGGAAGACGAUGAGCUCGACGAGAUUGGCGAUGAUGACGACUCGGACAAGGACAAGCGCAAGGCGCGUCGUGACGCUCUUGUUCAGCUUGUGGGCAAGCGCAGUCUCGACAUCGUCGUCGGCAUGCAGGAGUGGCUCGAGAAGGAGUUCUGGCCCUUAGAGGCGCGGGGCGGAUUGGACGCGAAGGAGUUCCUUCUUGGCACGGCGGACCUCAGGUUGUUGCGCCUGCUGCUUGCCCACGCCGUAGCGAGCUACCUCCUCUCCCUGACAACAGAAUACAUCGCCGGCCUGCCUUCUCGAGCGCCGACGAACCCCGCCUUCCCCGAGUGCGUCCGGACACUCCUCGGCCUACUCGUCGUGAAGCCACCGCCGGGAGCCAGCUCAAGCUCGAGCUCGUACUCCACUCCACCAACGACCAUCACCACGACGCUCAUCAGCGUGCACUUGACACCGAUCGUGCUGGCGAGCGUGACGCUGGCAUGGACGCCGACGGUACCUCCACCGACGUAUGCGCCUAUCCGCACCCAGCUUCUGUCCGUCCUCGCCGAGCUAUCGCCAACGCAAUCUCUCGGUGCGCUGGGCACGGCGCUGAAGUUCGUGCAGGCAGGCAAGAACCGUCCGCCGAAGGCUUGGAUCCGCCGAUACCCGGCGUACGUCGAGAGUGCGCUCAGUGCCUUGAUGAGCGGACAGCUGCAACGGCCGGGCGGUGUUCGCGGCAUUAUCGAAAACGUCCUUGGAGAGGCUGGCAACAUGAUCGGUCCCGAGGCUGUCGACGCGCAGAAGCUGGACCAGAUCGUCGGUCUACUGGCUCGCCCGCCGCGAGGUGCUUCGGAGGAGCAGUACAUCCCCGCCCUGAUGGAGAGGCUAAUGGAGCUCGUCGCGCCUGAAAGCGCAGCGCACCCCAUCGUCUUCACCCACGCGGCGGCUUACAUUGUCUACCGGCUGUGGUACACGAACCCGAUCGCGAAGAACUGGCUCGACCACCACCUGCACGAUCCCUUCUUGAACCCGGGGCCCGGGGAUGGUGUGCUGGUGCUGCCGAACCAGGUCGCGCGCAAUGUUCAGGCUUUGGGACAGCUGAUGCUGCAUGCCCCGCCAAACACGGACUUUGUCGACUUCAUUAUGCGUUCCAUUCUCCCGCCAAUCUUUGCGCUGUAUGACGCCCUCUCUCCCAGCGGUACCAGUAUCGAGAAGGCGAAGAUGAGCGGACUGCUCGAGGACGUCAGCACGCUGUUGACGAGCUGGGGCAAGUUGGCCUCUGAGGCUGACGGUGUGGCCGGUCUGUGGUCGAUCGUGACUGGUGGCCGCGGUUGGCCGGCGUCCGAGGACGGCACGCAGCUGGCAUGGCGGCCAGAGGGCGACAGUGCCGCCCUGGUGCGCGGAUACCCCGCCGAGCUGGAAGCGGGAAUGGACGUGGACGAGCCAAUUCGCACGGCAGGCGAGGACCUCGGCGAAGACGCUCUCCUGAACCAGCUGAACUUGGCGCCGAAUCCCGCCCGCUUUGCCCAGUUCCUGAAGCGGCUUGACCGGAAGGAUCUGUCGAGUGCCAUUCUGCUGAAGGUCCUCAACGCCUGGCGCGUGCGCUACGCGGCCGGCACCGACCCACUCGAGAGUCUGCUGUAUCUGAAGCUAACGCUGGAGAUGAUCGAGACUCUGGGGCCGGACAAGAUCAUGGCUGACGCCGGUAACGUGCUCUCCUUCGUCGAGGCCGUGCUCGGCGACGAGGCGAAGGCUGCGAAGCAGACUCAGGCCUCGGCUACUGAGGAGAAGAAGCCUAAGGGCCCUCUCAUCCAGGAGAUAGACGAGGGUGACGGAGAUGCCAAGAUGGACGGAGACGAAGAAGAGCUGCCAGAGCUCACGGAGGAGGGUGUGGCGCAGCUCGGCCUCGUGGAGACGAGUAUUUCGCUCCUGAUCGCCGCGUUGGAGAAGGAUGAGAAUAUGAACCAUGCCACUGCGCGCAUUUUGCACCCGAUCAACGACCAUCUCGAGGUACUCUCAGAGUCUUCUCCCUCAUCCAGCGUGCGCCGCUUGGCGCGAGAGGCGCUUCUCCUUCUGCUUCUGCGGCGCAGCCAAGCUCUCUCCGUCGGUGACUCUUCGAACACCACGGACGCUCCCGCGGACGAUUCGGGAAAGAAGGUCGAGGCAUCGGGCACGAGGGCAACGUACCAGCGCGCGCUGACGCUGCUGUCCGACCCCGUCGUCCCCGUCCGCGCGCAUGGCCUCCAGCUGCUGGCUGACCUGACAAAGUCGCCCGACUAUGAUCCAGCCCUGACCCCGGGCAUUAUGGAUGCGUUCAUGGGCGCAAUCCAAGACUCGGACAGCUACAUCUACCUGCACGCCGUGACGGGUCUGGUGGAGAUGUGUAACAACCUCGGCGCGCCCAUCUUCCGCUCCCUCGUGAACGCGUAUUGUCCUGGCGGAGAAUUGAGCGGAGAUAGGCUGGACAAGGCGCUGCGCGUGGGUGAGGUGCUCGGCAUGGUGAUUGAGCGGAGCGGGAAGGCGUUCGCUGCUAACGCCGAUACCAUUGUCCCCCGCCUUAUGCGGAUGUAUCCCGACGCCUCGCUCCCGACUGUCCUCCGCUCCUCGGCGCUGUCGCUCCUCUCGACCGCCGUGGAGUCCUCCCAUCUAGCCAUGCUGCCAUGGAUGGACGAGCUCGUGUCUGGCUGUCUGGACCUGAUCCAGCUCGAGUCCGUGACGGGCGGAAAAUCUGCUCCGGAGCCCGAAGAACCCGAGAUGAAGACUACCACACUGCGGGAGAAACUGAACCCCAAGAUCCAGCUCGUGGACGACGAAGAGGUCGAGGAGGAGAAGCCCAAGGAUGAGAAGCCUCGUAUUGUCGACGCGGAGCCGACGAAAACGAACGACUCUAAGCACCCUGCAUUGAGGCGUGCGGCCGUCUACCUCCUCGGUCUGCUCGUUGCGGCCCUGAUCGAGGCGGCGAUGGAAGAACCAGCUCCGGAGACAGAGUUCAAGAUGCGUCUUCCGGGCCAGACUGACAUUUCUGCCGACAUCCGGGCGUCUGGCCAAAAAGGACAGCAACAGCAGCAGGUGGACGCUGGCGCGAUCAAUCCGCGGACCAUUGAUCGCGCGGUCAACAUUCUCAGAUACGUUGCCAGCGUCGACGAUGACGACGUCGUCCGCGGGCAGAGUGCCGAGGUCGUCGCUCUACUCGAACGGCUCAAGAUGGUCCAGGUCACCAUGGGGAUUGCGUCGGGAUCCAGGCCGCUGCUCAUGUAA